AUGUCGACGAAUAAUGACAAUAAUCGUAUAUUACAUGAAUCACCUUCAUCAACCUAUUCAGCUCGACUGGGCUUGGGUCCACCCAUCCCCACAUCCUCAUCCAAAUAUGAAAAUAGUCAAAGUGAAGAUGUUGGAGUGUCUGAGAUACACGACUCGCCAGAAAAGAAGAGAAGAUACCUGGAGGAAGAGAACACCCCUUCUGCUGGAGCAGGACAGGGAGGUAAACUAGGGUCUAGUCCCACGGAAGGAAGGCAGGGCAAGAGAUAUUCACCUAGAGCCAAGAAUGGAAGUUCAAGUGCUAGGAUGGAAUCUUCCGAAAAAUCUGAAAAGAGAAGAUCGAGAGUCCUCAGAACGGAACAGAACGCCACUGGCUCUUCUACUUCACCUUCGGCUUCGCCUAAUAUAGGAAGUGAAACAAUCAUAUUAUCUGGCCCGACGCAAGGAGGGGAUGAUGAUGACUUUGAAGAUAUGGAAGAUGAUGAGGAUGAAGAUGGUAGAAGAGAUAGUAUAUUGGAUAAACCUAUCCCACCCAGAAAUCCUACAAAGGUAUCUCCGUUGGCCAAGAGAUUAGGGGAAGAACCACCUUUCAUGUUACCUCAUCCAUCUCGUAAUACGCAGACUUCCCAGACUUCCUUCCCCGGUGUCGUUAUCGGUUCGUUCGCAGGUGGAGGAGGAUCGACCAUGACAGGUUUCGAAGGUGGUAUGGAUGACAUACUCGAUCCUAUCGCCAAUGCUAAUUCCAAUAAUCAAGGGAGACAGGGAGGUACCGGCGCAAAUCCAUCUACCACGACUCAUACCCAGGCUGCACCCAAUAUAGCUCCAUGGUUGAUGGAUGAUAGUUCACCUUCUUCUGCUUCUUCCUCUACUACCGUCAUUCACCAACCACCGCUCGAGAUCGAACGUACACCAAGUACGAGAGGACCCGCGGCGACUCUGCGCGAGAAAGAAUCGUCUUCAAGAAAAGCUUCAGGCGUAUUAAAUCAUUUCUCAUCAGUACCUUCUUUACCUAAAAUAAGAAGACAACCCACAACCGAUACUUUGAUUCAAAGUGAACUUGGACCAUCGUCAAGAAACACCUCACAUAGUUCCAUGACCACUCAGAUACUUCAGAGUUCAGGUCAACAAACACCUUUAGCUUCUUCAAGUAGUAGUAUCAUCGAGGGAGGAUCGAGGCAAAGAAACAAUUCGAAUGAUAGUUUACAGACACUUUCGGGGAAUCAGAGAUUGGCAAGGGAUAAUUCUCCUAAAUUCGAUACGACGACAAACCAAUCUUCUUCUUCUCAUUCGAACAAAUCUCAUGGCACGAGUAGAGUGGGAAGGUUUGGAAGUACAGCUAGCUCAACGAGUGGAUCAGGAGGGACAGGAAAUGAAAAGAAAAAGGGAUUCUUGGGUGGAUUACUGAAAAGAAGGACCGGUCCCAGUAUAUCUCUCGGCUCCGUACCCGACUUCCAACCUCCUGAGGCUCCCAAUCGCGGAUCUACCGGUUCGACAAGCUCCAAAGUCUCCAAUUCACCUUCUAUCGGUUCUAUGAUCAGUUCGACUUACGGAGGGCUAUCGCCAGGUGAUCGAAUGACCUCAGAUUCCUACGGACGCAAUUACCGCCAAGGCUCAAAUUAUAUAUCUGAAGGUGCAAUCUCACCCUUACAAGAAAUCGCGGAAACACCUUUCCAUCUCGAUAUGAACCUUGACGAUAUGGAAGGUAUUGUUGAUCCUACUAAAUCAGGGGUACAGCCAACUUUCGCUCGACCUCCACCUGCUACCCAUAAUUCCGGUACGACCGCUACGACUGAAUCCACCGCUGGGUCUAUGUCAGUGGAAGAUGCUCUGGCUCAGACUAGUAGUUUCGCUACUACCGUCAGCGGAGGUGAAUCGAGUGGAUCCGGAGGCUCGUCAGGUCAACUCCCAGCAACGGGCAGAAAUCUGGUUGGUGAAGCUGAAAGAGUAUCCGGACCAUUUGUAAGAAAUCCCUUCUCGACCGGAAGCUCAGUCGGUUCUUUAGACAACACCGCCAAGCCCAGUACACCGCCUUCUCCUCACACACUCUCUCCCAGACACGCCUUACCACCUACGACUCAACCCAGGAGGCCCUCUCAGCUGCGUAAUGUGAAGAUGGGAUCGAUCGAUUCCGAGAAUAGCGAGCCUGCUGAAGGUGCAACAUGGCAACAUCCCAUUGCACCUUCAUGGGCUGCUACUGGCCAAUCCAGUCAAACUGUAUUCAACGAUCCAUUCGGUUCGGCAAAAUCCCUGCCACCUAUAUUUGACGACAAUCUCGCUGAAGCCAUUCCAGAAUCGCGUACACCGUCUGAAAGCACCAUUCCUGAUUUGACAUCCUCGAUCUCAGCUUUACCAUCUCACAUGGGUGGCGGUGCUGCCUCUGCGGCUGCAUGGGCCGCACCGGAGUCAUGGGGCGUAGAAGGUGAUGAAGAGGAAUCGGAUGAAUCCAGUUCGUCCGAUGAAGGAGUCGAUGAGCAAUGGGAAGGAGAUACUUCCAACGUCACCGCUAUUGCAAACGGCAGACAAUCAGUUGGGGUGGAAAGUCUCCGAAGUCCCAGUACAGCAUCGAGUGCACCCAAAUCACCAGGUAUGUCACCUACGGGUACCAAGAAACCUCCUCCAUUCGGAUUCAAAUCUACUCAACCGGGGUCCAAGACCAGAAGUUCGAGUGGUAGACCUAGCACUGGUCAGGGUGGGAAAAGGGGCAAAACUGCUAGUGGACGGCCUUCAACCGCAGCGAAGUCGAAAGACGGUAGACCCGGCACGAGUGGAAGUGUACAUGGUGCUGCUGCAGUGCAUUGGAUACGGAUAUACCGUUCAGACGGUUCAUACACGCUACAUCAGUUACCUAUCAAUACCACUACCGCAGAAUUCAUCAGCAUCUUAUCCGGUCAAAACGAUGCUCCCCCAGGUAAGAAGAUCACGACUAGUAUGAAGUUGUAUCUACGUGAGAGAGGUCAAGACCGACUACUGCUUCCGUCUGAGAAACCAAUUGCUAUCCAGCAUCGACGACUGUUGCAAGCUGGUUAUACCGAAGCUGAACACCCUGAAGAGAUCGGUAAAGACGAUAUGGCCAUUCUUUGUCGAUUCAUCUACCAGACGCCAGCUUUACCCAUCAUGAACCCCGAAGAAGAGAGUUCAUACGAUUCUUUCGAGUUCAUCGAUGUCGCCAGACGAGAUUUACAAACCAUCCCUAUCUUCUUGCAUCUCCACGCACAUAAUAUCAUCAUCCUCAACGUAUCGGCAAAUCCAAUGACGGAUAUACCGUUAGAUUUCAUCCAGGCAUGUACAGGUCUGAAAGAAUUGAGGAUGUCCAAUAUGGCCUUGAAGAGAGUACCCAACAGUAUACGAGCUAGUGCGACUUUAGCACGACUGGACGUCUCUUGUAAUCGAAUUGCCGAUCUUGAGUCCGUACCUCUAAACGAAGUCGAAACGCUGGUAUCACUCAAGGUACAGAACAAUAAACUUACCUCGAUGCCCAGCUAUUUCGCUCAAAUGAAAGCUCUGAAAUACUUGAAUAUCUCCAAUAACAAAUUCGAAACUUUCCCCUCAGUAGUCUGUGAAAUGUCGAACUUGGUCGACCUGGAUGUCUCAUUCAACAACAUCACUGAACUGCCAUCGAAGAUGUCCGAUUUGAAAUCGCUAGAACGACUGGCACUUUUCAGUAACGAGUUGACCAGCUUUCCACCUUCUUUCAGUACCCUGCUCAAUUUGAGGAUAUUAGACGUACGACGGAACAAGCUCACUGAUCUCACAGCGGUGUAUGCUCUACCAAAUUUGGCCACCCUCCAAGCUGAUUAUAACAACAUCGUCACUCUUGAUGCUCAGAUCGGUGCAAAUGUCCGUCAAUUCAGUGUACCACACAACUCGAUUACCCGAUUCACGCUUGCUCCUCAGCCCAAUAUGGCUAUGGUCACUUACAAUCUUACCAAUCUCGAUUUGUCCCAUGGUAAAAUAUCUACGCUUGCCGAUGAGGCUUUUAGUGGAUUGAUCAAUCUUGUCAAGCUGAAUUUGAAUUUCAACCAAUUCACCCGACUUCCAACGACACUUGAUCGACUCAAGAACCUGGAGAUUUUCACAUGUACCGAUAACAUGUUAAGUGAUCUUCCAUUAGGUUUAGGUAAACUACAGAAACUUCGAGUACUCAAUUUACACAAUAACAACUUGAAGAAUCUCCGGUCGGAACUGUGGGCCUGUGGAUCUUUAGAGACUCUCAAUUGCAGUUCCAACUUGUUGGAAGGUUUCGAACCUUUCCCUGAAGAUUGGGAAACAGCCUCAGGACUCCCCCGGUCUGAAUUGACCGAUCAUUACAAUGGGUCACCGCCGAUCACCACCAGUGGUCGACAUCUGUACCUGGGUGAUAAUAGGAUAACAGAUGAGAUUUUCCAUUAUGUCGCUCAUUUACCUCUCAUCAGGACUGUCAAUCUCAGUUUCAACGAUAUCUAUGAGAUACCUCCGGACACUAUUGGGCAUUGUAGUAAAUUAGAACAUCUAUACCUCAGUGGAAACAAAUUAACGAGUCUCCCCGCGGAAGAUUUAGAGAAACUGGUCAACCUUAAGACAUUACAUCUUAAUGGUAACAAAUUACAAACUUUGCCUUCGGAGCUGGGGGCAAUCAAGACUUUGCAACAUCUCGAUGUGGGAAGUAACGUGUUGAAGUAUAAUAUAGCCAAUUGGCCUUAUGAUUGGAAUUGGAAUUGGAAUACCGCGUUGAGAUAUCUCAAUUUGUCGGGAAACAAACGACUGGAAAUCAAACCUACUUCAGCUCAAGAGAUGAACCAUGCUUCCAGUUUCCGAAAAGAGUUAUCCGACUUUACUGCGCUCACUCAGCUUCGAGUUCUUGGUCUGAUGGAUGUCACUCUGCGUAUCCCAUCUUUACCGGAUGAAAGUGAACAAAAACGUGUUCGGACCUCUUUCUCCGAUAUCAACAAUAUGGCAUAUGGUAUCUCGGAUAUGCUAGGUCACAACGAACAUUUGGGAAUGUUCGAUCUUGUGGUACCCAAUUUCAGAGGUAAAGAUGAUGAAUGUCUAUUUGGAAUGUUCGGUCGUGACGCCCCAACGUUCAACGCUGGGAAAAUCCCAAAACUACUUCAAGAGUUAUUCGCCGCUCAACUAGUCCAUCAUUUAGGUAAACUUGGGAAAGAUGAAGAUUUGGGUGAUGCCCUGAGAAGAACUUUCUUAAAUGUAAAUAGGGCAUUGUUCGAAGGUUGUUUCACACCUGGUACGACCCGUAAGGGAUCUGCUCAAAGCAUGGCCAGUAUCGACGAUAUGUUCCGUGGAUGGGCGCCUGCGGUCGGAUCAAUCUACCGUACUGGAUCGUCAGGGGCGGUCGUCUAUCUAUCAGGUAAAACGCUGCAUGUGGGAAAUGUCGGUGAUAUCCUGGUAGUCGUGUCGAGAAAGGGAGAAGCCGAAUUGUUAUCUAAGAAACAUGAUCCUACCGACCGAGAGGAAACGGCUCGUAUCCGACGUGCUGAAGCUUGGGUAUCGACAAAGGGAUUCGUCAACGAUGAUAAAGAUAUAGAUAUAUCACGAGCAUUUGGUUAUUAUCAUAAUUUCCCAGCAGUCAAUACAUCACCUGAAAUUAGGACUCGACCAUUAACGGAACAAGAUGAAUUUGUCAUCAUAGGUAAUAAUGCCCUAUGGUCUAGAUGCUCUUAUCAGACCGCUGUGGAUAUUGCCCGAACGGAGAAACAUGAUCCUAUGAUGGCCGCUCAGAAAUUGAGGGAUUUCGCGAUUUCCUAUGGAGCCGAUGGAAGUGUUAUGGUGAUGGUUGUUAAUAUAUCUGAUUUAUUCUUUGGUCAGAGUGGACACAGACCCCGAGGUGUACCUGGAUCGAACGUACCUUCCGGAGUUACCGAUUCGACCACUGGAGAAAUUGAUAGUACAACUGCUACUACCUCGACUAACACUGCAUUAGCUAAGAGACCUAUGACUAGACGAAGAGAAGAAGUUGGAGAUAGGACUUUGAAUAGAUUACAAAGAGAAAUCGAACCGCCAACAGGACAGAUAGCUAUUGUUUUCACGGAUAUAGUCAACUCGACUCAUCUCUGGGAGACCAACCCUGGUAUGCCCACGUCAAUUAAGAUUCACCAUAAUUUCAUGAGAAGACAAUUAAGAUUGGAUGGUGGAUACGAAGUGAAAACUGAAGGAGAUUCAUUCAUGGUUUCUUUCCAGUCCGUUACUGCGGCUUUACUCUGGUGCUUCAAUUGUCAAAUCGGUUUAUUAUCUCAAGAAUGGCCAAGAGAAUUGUUAGAAGCUCAAGAUGGGAAAGUAGUCUAUGAUUCACAAGGGUCUUUGAUCCAACGAGGACUUAGAGUGAGGAUGGGUGUACAUUGGGGAUCACCCGAGUGCGAACGUGAUCCGAUAACCCGACGAAUGGAUUAUUAUGGACCGAUGGUCAAUCGAGCUGCUAGGAUCAAUGCUUCUGCUGAUGGAGGUCAAUUGAUGGCUUCUGGAGAUGUGAUCAAUGAGAUCACUUCUGUCAGAGAGUAUUUGGAGACCAACGACGAAGAAGCUCUGAAUGAACUUCAAGGUGAUAUCAAGAGGGAGAUAUUGGAGUUGAGAAGGAUUGGAUUGGAUAUCAAAGAUAUGGGUGAAAGGAAAUUGAAGGGUUUGGAAGUUCCCGAAAAAUUACAUCUACUCUACCCCAAGACAUUAUCAGGUAGAUUGGAAAUGUCAAACGACCUUCGAGCGGAAGUAGAAGUGAAUGACGCACGUAAGAGGAUGAUCGAUCUUGAACAAGUCAAAGAAUUUUCUUUGAUCACUUUGAGAUUGGAAGCUUUAUGCAGUCUCGGAUCUACUUCCAUCUCCUCUUUAUCACCUGGAUCCGCCAAUUCGGAUAUUUCCUCGCUAUCUCCUCCUGGAUCACCUCACGAAGGCCAAAAAGAAAUCACUGGUACGAAGAAAGGUACUGUGGCUUUACCAACACCGAAUUUGAAUUUGGGUCCAACGAUAAGAGAAGAUAUGAAUGAUGAAGAGUUGAUGGUGAUCAUUGAGAGUCUGACUGGUAGAUGUGAGAAUGCUUUAUCUACUUUGUACCUUAAGCAGGUCGGCGGAUUUUCAACUGUCAUGAGUGCUUUGGAGAAAGCCACUAGGAUAGAUUCGAAACUGAUUACUCAUGCGCUGUCAUUGAUGAAUGGUGCGUUUGGAGGUUGA